UUCUGCACUCGUGCGAUCCUCACUGCGGCGCGCACGUCAGUAUGACCGGCGGUCCAAAAAACGGAGAAUCCGAGGAAUACGUCCAUUCACCGUUCAUCAGGAAACAGGGGAACAUAUACAAACCAAACAACAAAGACAUGGACAGCGACAGCCUCCAAGAGAAGACCAUGCAGGACGUGCACACUAAGGAGAUAGACCUGGUCAACCGGGACCCCAAACAUUUAAAUGAUCAUGUAGUUAAGGUGGACUUUGAGGAUGUGAUCGCUGAGCCGGCGGGCACCUACAGCUUCGACACUGUGUGGAAAGGCAGCUACACUACAUUCACAGUCACUAAGUACUGGUGCUAUCGGCUUCUGACGGCAUUGGUGGGCAUCCCACUGGCACUGAUCUGGGGCAUCUUCUUUGCCAUUCUUUCCUUCCUGCACAUCUGGGCAGUGGUGCCAUGCGUGAAGAGCUACAUGAUUGAGAUCCACUGCAUCAGCCAGGUCUACUCCAUCUGCGUGCACACCUUCUGCGACCCGCUGUACGAGGCUUUCGGGAAGAUCUUCAGCAACGUGCGAGUCACCACCACCAAGGUGGUUUAGGGGCGCAGGAAGUGAAGGAAGUAACAGGGGGGUGGGGGCUGGGUGGAAACUCAGAAGGAGGCAAUAAAAAGGUGGAAAUGAGAAGAAAUGACCUUCAUGUUAAAAAGGUUAUUUGAAAAGAGCAGAGGCGGGUUACUUUGGUGCCUUCUUUUUAACAGUCUCAGUCUGUUUUUUGUCUCCAUACAGUUUGGGCUUGUUCACCAGGAGCAGAGGAUCUAUUAAAUGUUAAUAGAGAUUAUUUCUUUUGUAAUUUGUUAGCGUUUAUUAAUAAUGGAUCAACAUACCAGCCUGUCUUGUGUUUAAUUUCUGCUUGCUGGGACAAGGCUGUGAAUCUUUAGUGUUUUUGUCCCUCUGUUUACUCUGUCAGGAGUUUUUGUAUUUAGUCACACUAGCCUCUUGCCAGCAACACUUUUGUAAACAAAAUCAUAUAUUUGAAUGAAAUUUACUGUGAUGGGUUUCGUGUUCAGACUAUCUGCAAACUUCUGUGAACUUCAAUACGCAAAUAUGCAUCAACCAAUAAAACAACUUCUUCUGCAUUGACCUCAUAGAGAUGGUCCAUCUAAAUGGAUGGAGUGCUAAUUGAAGCAUGUGAUAGAAUGACAUUUUAUAAAGCUUUUUAAUAAUAAAAAACUUCCCAACCUAACGUACAAUUACGCUAGCUUUUGUCAACACAUUUACUUUCAGCUGCAAACUUUGUCAUAUAAAAUACUUUGCAAAUUAAUUUUACAUACUUGUGAGCUUUAAUGAGCAUUACUGACUAAUAAAUAUGCUUUUGUGCUAACUUGAUAUAGAUGCUUUAUUCACCUUUUGUAUACUAAUCCCCAUCAUAACAGUAGUUUUAAUGUACUACUGUUGUGUCCAGACCAGACCAGAUCUGAUUGACUAGUCUAGUCACAAUUUGAACAGCUAAAAUGCUACAUCAUGGCUAAAUUGCUAACUGUAUUAAACUAGAUGUCUUGGUUUUUAUGAUCCCUAAAAGUUUCUGCAACUUUCUAGUGUGACUGCAGGUGUGACAGUGGCUUUGAAGUCCAAACUAUUUAUACAACGUUUUCACAUUUUCCUUUCUCACAUUUGUUAUGUGGAUUUUAUUACGUUUAUAAAAUUUUGAUGUUUUUUUGUAAUAAAAUAUAAAGUGGGUGAGUUCCUGCUGACUUUUGAGACUGCCCAUGACACUGCAUGCUGCCAUUGUUGUAUCAUGAUCCAAACGUGAGGUAGAACCGCUGACCUCAGUGAAUCGGUCAGCAUAAGCUAACAAAAGAUACCCCAUCUGACUUUACAUCACACAGCUUGUUGUGAUGAACACGUUUUUCAGCGACAGUAUGACAGAAUAUUCCAAUUACAUUAGCUUAACCCAGAGCCUAAGUAAAGACUGAGCUUGAGCAUGACAGCACUGCACCAUAGUCUUAGCUAAAUCUGCUUUUCCUGCCAUUCUCUAAAGAUGAAGUACUUUUUUUUUACUUAUAUUAACAUAUUUUGCUUAUUCUUACAUUGUUCAUAACAGUUUAGAAACCAGCUGAGGUGAAUCCUGACAUGGCUUGUAUGUCUGUGUUUUUCAUUGUGCAAAAAUAUCUUUUCUAUUGUUCACUGUCGAACGUACACACUGGUAAAGACUGGCAACAAGCUGAAGUCUCCGGCCCCAGGGACUUCUGAUGAAAUGGGGCGCUUUUCUUUUAUAUUUUAAUUAAGUUACCUUGCUGUCUACCUGCUGGCUUUGUGUGUUUGAUUCAGCCUUUCACUAUGAGAGAGACUGUAUUUUUUUACAAUUCCUCCCUGCUUUCACUGUACACAUCACGCCAUGCACAUUAAAACAUGAAAAGAAA